GCAGACUCUUUUGUACUAGAAUAAAGGAUCCAUCAGGGAUCAGUUUAUUUUUAUCAAGGCUAAAACCGUUUCAGCAUUUUUAAUAUCGAUCUUACGAGUGAAGCAUGUUUCUUACUUAAAUGUACAAUCACCAUCAGCAUAGCUUUGGCUCUUGAUUUCAAUAUCCGAACAGAUCCUGAUACAAAAAUAUUGAAUCGACGACUAGCAUCGAUAAUCUCGAGAAUAAUCGGACAUAAUGGCUCCACUCACUCUCAGCGCUUUCCACUGGCGAAAGAAGGGACUCACUCCAGAGGAAUUCAAGAACCACUAUGAAACGGUCCACAUCCCUAUUCUCCAAGAAAUAGCUGGCGAUAAGUUCCCAAAGACGCACACAAGACAUUAUGUGGUCCGAACCGCUGAAGGAGCCACAUCUGAUGACAAGUCCAACUCGAACUACAAAGCAAGUGUUUAUGCUGGCACGAACUCCGAGGAUUUCGACUACGAUGUGUAUAGUGAGCUCGUCUUCGAGGACGAGGCAAGUUUCAAAGCCUUUGAAGCUGUUAUGUUUGAUCCUGUCUUGGGUCCGAAGAUCAAUGAGGAUAGCGUCAAGUUCAUAGACCACGUAAAGAUGGUUUGGAUCAACAUUUCUGAGUCCACCACGGCUCAGACAUCCAAAUAGUGUUAUUUCUUUUGGAGGGGGGGGGGAUUUUCGGGAAGGAUCCUGCUGGUGAUGGUUUGAUGGUUUGAUGAUUUAAAGAUCAGCAGUCUGAGGGAUGAAAAUAUUCAGUGGUAAUGAUGUCAGAUUUAGGUUGUGAAGUCCGCAAUCAUUUUCAAUACAACCUCUAGGCAUAUAAUUGUAAAAUAGUCUCUCUGAAGUUGAAAUCCUUCUGCGACGCCGUGUAUUCCAAGUUUAAUCUUGGCCGAACAGUGACCAUCGUGGUGCAAGCCUAGAUGCAAGUAUUUGUUACUACCAGAGAUAAUUACUUUAAGGAAUGCGAAGGAUUUGACAAACCUGCUGACUGUAGUGGCUUUCAGGCAUUCAAAAACCACUAACUGUUAUUGUAUGUCUUUCCCUAGAUCUAGCUAAGCAGUGGGUAUCAAACAAGUCCAAUAUAAUCAUCUCCGUUCUUAUCA